GGAAGCAGUAAAAAAGUACUGGAUCACACUCCUUCGGAAUGCGCAGUAACUUUUGAUGAUCACUAGAAAUGAUUCAGAGGCAUUUGAUUGGAGCUUCCCAGAAUUUGUUGAACCUACGCAGACCACCGACCACUGCUCCUCUUUUAGCCGGCUCUGUCUCUUCCAUUUUACUCACUCGAACUAUAUCCUCCCAUACGCCGCCAUUCCGGACCUUCGCGGUAAUGGCAUCGAGCAGCUCCGACGAGUUCGUCAAAGGAAAUGUCCACCCGAAUGGCGUCGCCGUCAUCACCCUCGACCGCCCUAAAGCUCUCAACGCCAUGAACUUAGACAUGGAUAUCAGGUAUAAAAGCUUUUUAGAUGAAUGGGAAUCAGACCCAAAGGUGAAAUGUGUCUUGGUCGAGGGAAGCACCCCGCGUGCCUUUUGUGCAGGAAUGGAUAUUAAGGGCGUUGUUGCCGAAAUUCAAAAGGACAAAACCACUUCUCUUGUGCAAAAGGUCUUCUCAGCUGAGUAUUCUUUAAUAUGUAAGAUAUCUGAGUACAAGAAGCCUUAUAUUAGCGUCAUGGAUGGCAUAACGAUGGGAUUUGGGAUUGGAUUAUCUGGUCAUGGUCGCUACAGGUUAAUAACAGAGAGGACUGUUCUUGCCAUGCCAGAAAAUGGAAUUGGUUUGUUUCCAGAUGUUGGCUUUGCUUAUAUAGCUGCACAUACUCCAGGAGAAGGAGCAGUAGGUUCUUAUCUUGGAUUGACUGGAAAUAGAAUAUCAACGCCUGCUGAUGCAUUGUAUGUUGGUCUGGGAACACACUAUGUCCCCUCUUCAAAUUUGAGUGGACUGAAGGAGGAUCUAUUGGAUGCCACACUUUCUGAGGAUCCACACCAUGAUAUUCAGAAGCUAUUGGAAAAAUACAGAACUACCCCUGAUUCAGAACCACGCUUGAGGUCAAUAUUACCUAGGAUAAUUUCAACUUUUGGUGGCAAAAAGACUAUCAAGGAGAUAAUGAAUGAGCUAGAAAAUCAUCAGGACAGUGGUGAUACAUUAGUCUCCGAGUGGGCCAAGGAUGCUUUGCAAGGGAUCAGAAAGGGCGCCCCCUUUUCUCUUACUCUAACUCAAAAGUAUUUCUCUGAUGUUGCAUCUGCUAGAGGAAACCGCAAUAACAUCUUAUCAAAGCUGACUGGGGUGAUGAAAACGGAGUAUCGCAUUGCACUGAGAUCUGCUUUGCGAGAUGAUUUCAUAGAAGGUGUGCGUGCUGUUUUGGUGGACAAGGAUCAGAACCCGAAAUGGAAUCCAUCAAACUUGGAAGAUGUCAAGGCCAGCGAGGUGGCUGCUCUUUUUGAGCCUCUAAGUCCAGAAAUUGGUGAUCUGAAUGUAUAAGGGGAGGGGAGUGUCCCCUCAUUUGCCACCCAUAAAAUAACCAACCUAUUCAUGUACUCAAAUAACCAUCGGCUGAUUUAAAUUAUAGCCAUGGACUUUUGGUUAUUUCCCCUAAGUGUUGAAUUUUCUGAAUGUAGUGUAUGCCUGAUUUGUAUGCAUGCUAGAUGUAUAAAUUGUAUGCAGAUAGUAUGUAACUAGAUAAUGGGCAGGAUGUCUUUUUUCAUCACCAUUCCAAAUUCCCAAGUCCCAACCAUGGCACUAUGACAGUAAUUAGAUACAAUGACGAUAGUUGGAUACUUGGAUGGAACAAAAUUUUACAGAAAAAACACAUUGGCAGUGUUUUACUUGGUGUACUUCCUGUUGCUUGCCAUUAUAAC